AUGAGACGUUCGUUGUUUGUCGUUGAAGGUAUGACAUGCAGUGCUUGCACUAACACUAUUGUUGCUCAGGUAGAGUCCCUUGAAGGUGUCAAAAAUUGUCAAGUUUCAUUGGUCACCAACGAGUGUGUUGCAGUUUAUGAUGAAAGUUUAUCUACUGUUCAAGAUAUUCUCAAUUGUAUCGAAGAUUGUGGGUUUGACUGUGAGUUUAUAUCCACUGAUGUCCAAGAAACUGCUUCUUCCGAUUUGAAUUUGAAUUUGAAUUUGAAUCUGGGUUUGCUUACGGUGCAAGGCAUGACUUGUAGUGCUUGCACAUCCACUAUAACUAAUCAGUUGGAAAAAAUCAAUGGUGUAGAAGAUGUUCAAGUAUCGUUGGUUACCGAAGAGUGCCAUGUAAAAUUCGUGCCUUCCGUAGUGUCAAUUCAAGAUAUUAAGGAAACUAUCGAAGAUUGUGGGUUUGACGCAAAUAUCGUUUCUCAGGUGGAGCUUAAUCAAGAUUCCAAUAAAAUUGGUAGUCAUUUGAAGAAAAUACCGUUUAAACUAAUUGGGUUGAAUGAAUCGUCGAAUGUAAAUGAACUGGAACUGUUUUUCAAUGAUAUAAAUAAGAAUGGUUUGAUUUCAAAUAUAUCUGUGGAAGAUGGUUCUGCAACAAUCGAAUAUAAUCAAGAUUUAUUGGGAAUUCGCAGUAUUGUCAAUAAUUUAAAUUCUUUUGGCUAUGAUGUUAUGGUAAAUUCUACUCUAGACAAUUCAACUCAAUUAAAGCUUUUAUCAAGGAUUAAAGAAAUACAAUAUUGGAAAUCGACUUUUAUUAAAUCAUUCUUUAUAUCGGUAUUAAAUAUGUUAUUAUACAUGUGGAUACCAAUGGGAUUUCCCCAUCUAAUGAAACAGAAAUUAUUUCCUUACAAUCAAACUUUCAUAAAAGGAUUAUAUUAUCGUGAUGUUAUAAGUUUCAUCUUCACAACCUAUGUCCAAUUUAAAUUAGGUAUAUACUUCUAUCGCGCUACCUGGAGUUCUUACAAGCACGGCGCUGGUACUAUGGAUACCUUAGUAUGCAUCUCAACUACAUUUGCAUACACUUUCUCAAUAUAUUCAAUAAUUUACAACAUUAAUAACAAAAAUAGCAGUGAUGCUCUUCCAAACGUUAUAUUCAGCACUUCUUCGAUGUUAAUAGCAUUCAUUUCCUUUGGGAAAUAUCUAGAAAAUAAGGCAAAAGCUAAAACUUCAACAGCAUUGUCAAAGUUGAUCUCUUUGACUCCAUCAACUUGUACUAUAUUGGAAAAUGGCGACGCUAGCUCCCCAUUGGAAAUAUCCACUGAAUAUCUUCAACCUGGGGAUAUAAUCGAGGUUAGGGCAGGUAUGAGAAUUCCUGCAGAUGGUAUCAUCACUUCAGGUGAAACCGAAAUAGAUGAGUCUCUCAUGACUGGUGAAUCUUUAUACGUUCCAAAAAGCAUAGGAGAUGCCGUAAUAGGUGGUACGGUUAAUGGCAUUGGCUUAUUUUAUUUCAAAGCAACCAAUAUUGGUGACGAUACAAGGUUAUCAAAUAUCAUUAAAACAAUGAAACAGGCACAAAUGACAAAGGCUCCAAUACAAAGAUAUGCUGAUUAUUUAGCUUCGAUAUUUGUUCCAUGCAUUUUAUUUUUGUCCCUAAUGACAUUUAUUAUAUGGGGAAUAGUUUGCAAGGUUUUCGACCAUCUCCCACCAGUAUUUGCUGAUUCAACUCAUGGCAAAUUUUAUAUGUGUUUCCAAAUUGCAAUUUCAGUGGUUGUAGUUGCUUGUCCUUGUGCUCUAGGUUUAGCUGCUCCAACAGCAAUAAUGGUCGGAACUGGUAUCGGUGCAGAAAAUGGUGUCUUAAUUAAAGGUGGCGAUAAACUUGAGUUAUUCAAUGCAAUUAAAAUUUUUAUUUUUGAUAAGACUGGCACUCUAACCACUGGCUGUAUGGAUGCUGAAACAUUUAUACCUGAAAACAACGUCGAAUUAACCGGUGAAUAUAUAAUGGUUAUCAAAGCCGCGUGUGGAACAACUGAACACCCUGUCUCUAAGGCAAUUAAAAACUAUUGCGAAAUGUUAAUAAUGGAUCAGAACAUUUCAGUUCCUACUAAUAUGGAAAUCAUAAGUAAUGAAACUGUUUUGGGAAAAGGUAUCAAGUGUAGAUGUGAAGUCAAUGGGAAAUCCUACGAUGUUAUUAUUGGAAGCAAGAAGUUAUUUAGCAAUGAAUUGAAAGAUGACGUCAAUGUGGAAGAUGGAUAUACUGUGUCAUUUGUUUCCAUCAAUGGUAAACUAAUCGGUAGAUUUGAAAUAGUUGAUUCAGUUAAAAGUGAUGCUUAUGACACUGUACAGUAUUUAAUGGCUCUAGGUUAUCAAUGUUAUAUGGUAACCGGUGACAACCAUAGUUCUGCAAUGAAAAUAGCAAACACUGUUGGCAUUCCAUACAACAAUGUCUACAGUGAAGUUACACCAGAUGGUAAAUGUGAGAUAGUCGCACAACUUCAAAACGAAACUAAUGAAAAGAUUGCGUUUGUUGGUGACGGUAUAAACGAUUCACCAGCAUUAGUAAGUAGCGAUCUAGGGAUCGCAAUCUCCACAGGUACAGAUAUUGCAUUGGAAGCAGCAGAUGUAGUAAUUUUAAGUGAUGAGGAUCCAAAACGAUCAACUUUGAAAAGGCUAGCGUAUGCAUUGAACAUCUCACAGAAGACUUUCAGAAGAAUUAAAAUGAAUUUAUUCUGGGCACUUUUCUACAAUACAUUUAUGAUCCCUGUAGCAAUGGGUCUUCUGGCACCAUGGGGGAUUAUCCUACACCCAAUCGCUGCAUCGUUAGCAAUGGCAAUGAGCUCAGUAAGCGUGGUAUUAAGUUCAUUAGCAUUAAAACGUUGGAAACCUUUUGACAUUACAACUGCACCUAUUAAAAGGCAAGCAAGUACCAGAGACACGACCCAUUCCUGGUUGAAACCAUUCCACCUAACAAGAACAAAUAAUUCAUCACAAGAUAUAGAGCUACAAACAAAUCUACUAAACAAUGAUGACAACAACGACAACUCAUCUUCAUCUCAAUCACUAACUUAA